AUGCCCCUGUUCAGCUGGAUGAAAUGGUCCCACGAAACAAAAGUGCAGACUCAUGAUGAAGUGAAAACUCCAAAGACCUCGGGGGUUGUUCCCAGACGCAUGUUGAUCAGAGAGCUCCUGUGGCAUGUGGAGGAGCGUGAGCGGUUGGUGAGGGAACUCGAUCGAGAGCACAGGCUGGCCCACAGCGCCCUGGGUCUCCAUUGGUUUCAAAAGUACCCCAGGUUACGGACCCUCAUCCCCACAUCAGAACUACACCAGCUGGAGUUCCUGUGUGCCCAGAUCCCACCCAUCCACGCUGCCACCGUGCUCUCAAGGUUUCGUGAGGUGCUUGCCACUAACAACAUUAGGCCCUGGGAGCUGGCUACUGUCUUCAAGCAGGUGCUAAGGGACUUCUUGAGCCAAAAGGAGCACGAAGAGGAGAACUACUCAAUGCAGGCAGCAGAGCUCCGAUCAAUGGACGCUUGGACCAGCUGCUACAUAAUGAAGCAGGGCUUCGUCACACCCACCGUCCCAAACUGUGGAGACAACCCAAGAGAGGAGAUACCAACAAUCUCUGGUUAUGUGGAUCGUGCCAUGCGGCAUUCCAGUUCAUUCGCAGGGUCGGACAGAGACUGGGACCUUCCAGAUUACUGUCCUGUUCCUCUCAGGCCCACAGGGACCUACAGCACUACACUGUGA